CGAUUCACGCACAACAAAAUAAAACAAAAAUAAUACACUGGAAUAGUUUCAGACAGAGAGGAGAGAGAAACUUGGAAUCAACGCUACCCUCUCUUCAGCACCGGCGUUCUCCGUCGGAGAAUUUUCAACUCGAUCGUCGACUUCUUGUUCUGGAUCACUCACUCUUGCAGUAGCGGAGCUUGUCUCUCCGAUCGCUGAUUGCUUUUUCCUCUCCAAUUCCAUCUGAUUCGCGAGGGCGUUAGAGAAUAGAGAAGAACAGAUGGGACAAACUUUCCGCAAGCUCUUUGAUACCUUCUUCGGCAACAGCGAGAUGAGGGUUGUGAUGCUUGGGCUUGAUGCAGCUGGCAAAACAACCAUACUGUAUAAACUGCACAUAGGAGAAGUUCUAUCAACAGUUCCUACCAUUGGUUUCAAUGUGGAAAAGGUGCAGUAUAAGAAUGUGAUGUUCACUGUCUGGGAUGUUGGUGGACAGGAGAAAUUAAGGCCACUCUGGAGGCAUUACUUCAACAACACAGAUGGACUGAUAUAUGUUGUUGAUUCUUUGGACCGAGAGAGAAUUGGAAAGGCCAAACAAGAGUUUCAGGCCAUCAUCAGAGAUCCUUUUAUGCUUAAUGCAGUCAUCUUGGUUUUUGCUAACAAACAGGACAUGAAAGGGGCAAUGACUCCAAUGGAAGUUUGUGAAGGCCUUGGUCUCUAUGACCUUAGGAACAGAAAAUGGCAUAUACAAGGGACAUGUGCCGUCAGAGGGGAUGGACUUUAUGAGGGACUGGACUGGUUGGCAAGUACACUGAAGGAGCACAAGGCUGCUGGGUUCUCCUCAGUAGGCCCUUCAACAUUUUGAUUCGUCAGGUUUAUUCAAGUUCCGGGUGACAAAAGCUGAGAACCACUGCAGUCUAAAAAAGUUUUCCCUUAUUUUACAAUCUAAUUUUGAAUACUUGCUCCUAACAUUCUUAUUAUGAAUGUUUUGACUGUGUUGUGUAUAUUGGAAGAUGGACCUUUUGAUUGGUAUCUGUUGGUUAGGGGAUGUCACUUGAGGUACUAUUUUACUAUGUAUAUUUUUCUGUGUAUAAAGUGGGUGAUUAGAUACACGGCUUCCCCUCCUCCCCACAGUUCUUUGCAUAGAUAAUAGCACUCAAAUCUUGUGAUUGGCCUAGUCGUUUUUUGUUGGUUUGUUUGAAAUACGUUAAGAUGCUUGUGUUGAU